UUUCUGAAGAAAAGUUCAUCUACCAGCUAUCAACCAUGAAGAUUCUUAGCUACCUCCUGGUUUACCGAAGGUUCCUGCUCAUUGUCCUCACCCCGCUGCUUUUACUUCCACUUCCACUUAUCAUCAAAACUAAAGAAGCAGAAUGUGCAUACACGUUGUUUGUAGUUGCCAUCUUUUGGCUCACAGAAGCUUUGCCGCUGGGUGUUUCAGCUCUGCUCCCUGCCUUUAUGUUCCCAUUGUUUGGUAUAAUGGAAUCCAAGGAGGUGGCGUCCGCUUAUUUUAAAGACUUUCAUCUGCUGCUGAUUGGAGUAAUUUGCUUGGCAACGUCAAUAGAAAAAUGGAAUUUCCACAAAAGAGUGGCUUUAAGAAUGGUGAUGCUGGUGGGUGUCAACCCUGCAUGGCUGACGCUGGGUUUCAUGGUUAGCUGUGCUUUCUUGUCAAUGUGGCUCAGCAACACCUCUGCUGCUGCCAUGGUGAUGCCAAUUGUAGAGGCUGUAGCUCAGCAGAUCAUCAGAGCUGAAACAGAAGCUGAUGCACUGGAGAUGCCUUGCUCUAACGGCUCCACCAACCCAGCACUGGAGCUAGACGAAAAUGUAGGAGAAUGUCAAAGCAGUGACUGGAAAGAGAAAGAAAAACAAGUUAAUGGAUAUGACAACGAUGUGAGUGUUAUUGUGUGCACAACUGAAAAGGAAAAUGAAAAAGGCAAGGAACAGGAGAACCUACCACCUGCUGAAACAGGGAGAAAAAGCAGAGAGAACAACCACAGUGGGGUUUUUAAAGUGAUGUGCUUAUGCGUUGCUUAUUCUGCUACCAUUGGAGGGCUGACCACAAUCACAGGAACAUCGACUAAUCUGAUUUUUGCUGAGCACUUCAAUACGCGUUAUCCAGGUUGCCAGUGCAUCAAUUUUGGAUCCUGGUUUAUCCUUUCCAUCCCCAUCACAGUUGUUAUUCUGGUGCUCUCCUGGGUCUGGCUCCAGUGGCUUUUCCUUGGGUUUGAUUUUAAAAACAUGUUCAAGUGUGGCAAGAAGAGAACAGCAAGAGAAGAGGCCUCAGCACAGGUCAUUCAGGAGGAAUACAAGAAGCUUGGGUCAAUAAGCUACCCAGAAAUUGUUACACUUGUCCUAUUCAUUCUAAUGACCCUGCUGUGGUUCACCAGAGACCCUGGCUUCAUCCCAGGAUGGUCUUCGCUUUUCCCAAAGUAUAAAGGCUAUGCUACGGAUUCAACAACUGCCUUAGUGAUAGGCGUCCUGUUCUUUAUUAUUCCAGCAAAAACUUUGACUAGGACUUCAAAUGGAGAAAACACUGCUUUUGGUUACACUCCACUGAUUACUUGGAAGGAAUUUCAGUCAUGCAUGCCCUGGGAAAUAGCUAUUCUUGUUGGUGGCGGGUUUGCACUGGCAGACGGCUGUGAGGUUUCAAAACUUUCAGAGUGGGUAGCAAGUAAAUUGACCCCCCUAGGAUCAUUACCCUUGUGGCUGAUUAUCCUGAUAUCAUGCCUUAUUGUCACUUCAGUAACAGAAGUGGCCAGCAAUCCAGCUACCAUUACGAUAUUUUUGCCCAUACUAUCUCCCUUGGCUGAAGCCAUUCAUGUGAACCCACUUUUCAUUUUGAUACCCGCUACCUUGUGUACUUCCUUUGCGUUCCUGCUUCCUGUAGCAAACCCAGCCAACGCCAUUGUAUUUUCAUAUGGUCAUUUAACUGUUAUGGACAUGGUGAAAGCUGGUUUGGGCAUUAACAUCAUUGGAGUUGCUGUAGUUAUGCUGGGAAUUAUGACAUGGAUAGUGCCUAUAUUCGAUCUCUAUGCUUACCCAAGUUGGGCACCAAACAUUUCUUCUACAAAUACCACUGGGCUGUAAAAAAAAAAAAAAUAAUCCUGGGCAUUGGUUGGGAUUGGUUUUGUUUCUUUUCUUUUCCACUGGCACAUGGUGAGUCACUUAAAAUGCUUUUUGUUGCCACAACAAUAGGGAUCCAUAUUACUAUAAAUGACAUAUUUCACAGUCCGAGAGACUGAUGACCCAGUCUGAGAGUGUAAUCAGGAAGAGUGCUAGACUUUCUAAAUAUCAUAAAAUUAGAUCAAGUUUCUAAUCUAGUUCAGCUAGUCUGAAUUUUCAUCUCUUUACGUUAUGAAGAGAAAAAUAAAUGUGUAUAGCCAUUAUCACUGGCAGUUUACCCCCAUUCUCAGGGUAAUGGAAUAAUGAGAUUUAGAUGUUAUUGUUUCAAAUACCUUUUCUUACUAUUACUUUGGUGAUAUUUGGGGUUUGUCCAAGAACAUAAUGGUUUUCUGCUUUCUAGAUUCAAACGCUCUUUGAAACGGUGUUGAUCACAAACGAAAGAUCAGGCAGGGGAUUGUCUUGAACAUGUACCUGUCAAAAAUGCACAGAAAAUGGAGACGAGCAGCAUGACCACUUACACAGCACUUUAUCUGUUAAGCACCUUGUAAUUUGGAAGGAGAAUAUAUACUUAGGCAUAUGUUUAGUCUACCUCCUUCCAGGACCUCACUGAAACAUGUUGUUGUCAUUCAGUAUUUUUCUGGAUAGACAUGUAUUGAUAGAUCUAGGUUGAUCUAUCUAUGACUAAAUUACCAUCGUACCUCUGCCAAAAGUAGAGAUAUAUCUCCUUGAUGAUUGAAAGCGCAAGACAGCACGCUGAAGAUGUGACGCUCAAUCCAUCAAUCAAGACUACAGUGCAUCUUCAGCAGGAGACUCAUGAUCUCUACAGGACAGGUGACAGUUUAAGGGUUCUAGACUGUGUUGAUGUUGGAGACGCAAAACAGUGCAAUGUAGUCAGAAUGGAAGUUCGGAGUUCAAAGGUAUCUUCAAAUAAUGAUGUUUUAUAUCGUUGUUACAUUUUUUUCACUGUAAGGACUAGAGUGUUGUUCUUUUCAUCUGUUGGGAAGACUAGUGACAAUUUGUAAAGAGUAUUUAGUUAAUAGUCAGAAUAAAAGCUGCACAUAUUUAGCUUGGGUCAUCCCCUGGGGCACCACAGUGAUGACUGUAAACCUUAAUCUGUCUUUUACUGUAAAUUAUCCACUUUUUCUAACAACAACAACAAAAAAGGUCUUUUGGUUUUUGAUUAGAUGGUUUACAUCUAUUUUUGAUAGUGCAUAUUUAGAGAUGUCAGUCAUGACUUCUAUAGUGCCAGAACACAGUGUGUAGGAUUGUUAUGUACGUAGUUUUCUUCCUUUAGCUACCGGUUGCAGAUUCAGCUGCCAUGAGUUAUUAAAGAAGCACUUUUUCUUAAUUAUGAUGGGUUUUUGUAAGUAAUUGCUGUCUGUACAUGCCACCACACUUUUCAGCUUGACUGCGGCUGCUAUCUCUUUAAAAUGGCUACCUCCAUUUUCUUUUUUUUUUUUGUAUUUUUUAUAAAGUGCUUGACAGAAUUGGGCUGUGUCCAUGACUAGGCCAAUCAGGAGUUGCCACUAUACAAAUAAUGUUAACUGAUCCCCUGCAGUAAGGAUUAUGAUUACAGAAAUGCAACAUCUGGCUAAAUGAAGACUCUAACUCAUCAGGUACUAGAGGGAAAUGUUUAUGCAAGUAGCUAAUCCAAGACGGAGGUCUUGGACUGUAUUGUACUGUGUCUUCCCAGAAGGAUGUGCAAGACAGAAAUAAGUGGCUCAUGGUUUAUGAGGGCUUUUGGUCUUGUAGGCAUGGAGAGGAGAACCAGCUAAGAGAGAACCUCUUUAAGGUUCCCAGGUAUCGCCUUACAGCUCUGUCAGUAAUGUCCAGAUUGUUCAAGAGCAGUGGAAACAGUGAGUCGUAGCAUAUUUCAAGUGUAAGGGAUUUCAGAAGACCAUCUCAUCCAACCUCUUGCUCAAAGCAAGGUUAGCACUGAAUGCAGACCAGGUUGCUCCGGGACUUGUCUAGUCACAUCUUGAAAGUCUCCAAGACCUAAGCUGCACAUCUUCCCUGGGUAAUGUUAUCUAGUGCUUUACUGUCUUUGUGGUGAAAUGUUUUGUCUUUAAACAAAUGAAUGAAUAUAUAUUCAUUUUAGUGGAAUAGACUCGUUUUUCUUACUUUUAUUUGGGAUAGAUUUUUUCUAUUUGUAGAACUAUUUGUUGGGGGUUUUUUUAAUGAAACUUGAAAAAGGGGGGGACAGACCUCUUUGUGGCCUUACAUUCACUACUCCCAGGGGACGUGAUAUUUUCAGUCUCCACUGGGCUGCUCUGCGAAGAAUCACCAGUAUUAUAACUAUGUGGCAACUGUUGUUCACGUAGAGGAAAUUUGUUAACUGCUUAUGAGCUGUGCCCUGUUUUAUUAAUGUUCACAAUACAGAAUUGGCUGUUGUAACCUCAGCCUUGAACACGACAUUGAGGUCUGCAGAGGUCCAUGAAUGCCUUGCUCUGUGAAAUCAUGCUUUGACACCUGUAUUCUCUCUUCAAGCUGCAUAUCUUCAUCGGAGAAAGUAAUCAUUUUGCAACAUUUAAGAGAACUCUUCAGAAGUUUUCAGCUGUAGUAAGUGACAUGGUUUUCAGUGUAAGCUGAAGCUUAGUUUGUGCCGGAUGAUUUUCAGCUGUUCAUUUGCUCUACAUUUUGGCUUAUUCGUAGGAUUGUAGAUAAUAUGAUAAGAAAGGCCCAUUGUGUCUGAACCCUCAAAUAAUGCAGACCACAGAAUUGCCCUAGACUAUUUUUUCAGGACAGACAACAUGAUAAAGUAUCUUGGUAAAUAAGGAAGAAGAAUCAAAUUGUUUAAUGAAGGAUGCACUUUUAAAAACUAUUUUCACUACAAUCUGUGUAUGGAGUGGACAAUAUGCAAAGAGAGAAGGGAGGGAUUUGUAAAAAAAGUUUGUUGGUCAUCUGUUGGGCCAUGUGUAUUUAUUAGUCAUCAAAAUGAAAUGCAGAAUUAUAAACUGACUUUCAGUGACCAGUAUCUUAACUGUCAUACUGUGACAAAUUAGUGAAACAAAAUGAAACUAACGAGCACGAGGUUUUUGAGAGACUAUCCUGGAAGUAAAUCAGUUAUGAAUAAAGGAGUCGGUAGUAGUGGGAAUGCAGGGUUUCGCCAGGAUUUUUUCCUGUUGUUUUGCUAAAAGCUUAAAGAAUGGGUCAGACAUAAUCUUUGAGCUCAGUUAUUAUUAUUGCUAACUUAUUUUUAAAGCUUUUAAGAACCUUUUAAGUCAAAAUGAAGAACUCUGCAGUGCGGAGGUCAGUAUUGCUAGAACUUCCUCAUCUGAGAGCAUUGAAAUGGAGGAAAAAGAGAAUUUCAAAAUGGAUGGCUCUCUGAGUACCCCGUGGGUGGAUUUGGCUCUGACUGCGGGCACAGAGCACCGUGCUGACUGCCAGCAGAAAACGUGCUCUUCGUACAUUGCUAUUACAGUCGUGGCUUUGUCCGGAGUUCGUGAGUAUUGUGAUGAAUGGUGGAAAUGUGUCCGUAAUUAUUUUAAGAGUUGAUUAAUAUAUGAUGACUACAUUAACUAUUUGUAAAUUGCUUCAUGCAUAAUUUUCAUAUAAAGUGGUGUGGUUUUUCUUUGUCUCAGCUGAGUCUAAUUAGUCUACUGUAUUAGUACAUAAGUUAUAUUUAUGACUUACUAUUUAUUUGUGGUCCCAUUCCUGCUGAAUUAAAUGGAGCCUUUGCCAUGUAUUUCAUUAGGGAAGAUGUGCUAGGUCAUUGUUCUCCUUUUCUAUGGCCGUGCUAUAUCUAAUAUACUUUCGCUUUGCUUUUGGAAGAUGUGCUUUUAGAUUACCAGAAACCAAAAAACAAGUGAACCCUGGAAAAAGCUUCUGUGACUGUUCUAUUACUACAAACAGAUAGUCAGAUCAAUCUUUCAGUGCAAAUCCUCUUAUGUACUUUUAAAAUGAAAUAUCUGUUUUUGUUUACUGCAAGACUCUUGCUUGUUUAAAGUCAACCAGCCUAUAGCCCGAGGGUGUGCUGAGGAGCAAUGCAGCACAGCAGCUUAGGAACGGUGUAGCGGAAAAAAAAAGCUUUAUGCCCUGCACCUUACAACUUUUUGACUAGGUGUAGACGCCAAGCCAGUUCACAUAUUCAUUACAACUAUCAAAAGACUGUUGUAUGUUACGUGCAGUUGCUGGCAGGACAGGUAGGCUUCUAGCGACCCAUUAGAUGUACAGAAGUCUGUUGCUGCCCCCUUCUCCUGCCCCGCUGUUGGCAGCCCCUAGAAGGAUGCCAGCUGCCCUGAUGGUGACACCCUGCUGCCCCAGAGCUCCCAAGGCUGAGGAUAUUUCCCAGGGGCCAGGUCUGCACAGAUUGCAGAUCACUUUGCACCUAUCAGUGAUAAAUCGUAACUUCCGUUACCAUCUUAGUUCUUUGUCUCUGCAAAGCUGAUUUGAUGAUGUACAGUUUUUAACAGUUAUUGAAGUCUUUGUCAGCAUUAUUCCUUAAUACUUUUGCCUUGUGUGUUUGGAGGCUGUUGUAUGCUACUUUACCUGCAUAAUGUUCAAUUUCUUUACAAUUUUCCUUUACAAUGCUGAUCUACUAUUUUUAAAAUAAGUAUUUCCCAAAUGCUGUACAGUCCAACAUGUACUUAGUGAUAAAUUAACAAGAGCCAAAAUUGUCAUCUGUGAAGAAAGCUUAUCUGUCAAUAAAAGUGCCUGAGAUUUCUUAAACC